GGAGGGGAGGGCUGGAGGGGAAGACAAAGGAAGGGGUGCGGCAAGUGGCAGGCACCCGCCCCAGGGAGGAGAGUGACCUCAGCGCUGGAGAAGCCUCUGCUCCGCGUCAGUGAGGACGGGCAGCUCCAGGGCACUGAGGACUCCCUCUCCAGCGCUCUGUCUGUGGUGCGCUACCGCAGUGCUGGGGACCUGGGCCUCACUGGCCACCCGGUGCCAGCCUUGGGAUAAAGGAGCUCCAGGCUCCUGCUGGGACGGCCGCCACAGCCCAGACGCCUGCCUGCUGCUGCUCCUGCUGCGUGAUGGAAGCCCCAACCCUGGCCGCUGCCCAGGGCAGGGCCCUCUGGGCUCUCCUCCUGGCCACACUUGGCUCUGUGGCUGGCCAGCCGCUGGGGGGAGACCCUGUGUGCACAGCCCGGUCCCUGGCCAAGUACAGCCUCAGCUUCACGGGCAAGUGGAGCCAGACGGCCUUCCCCAAGCAGUACCCUCUGUUCCGGCCCCCUGCACAGUGGUCUUCCCUACUGGGGGCAGCGCACAGCUCUGACUACAGCAUGUGGAGGGAGAGGCAGUACGCCAGCCACGGGCUGAGGGACUUCGCUGAGCGCGGCGAGGCCUGGGUCCUGAUGAGGGAGCUGCAGGCGGCCGGGGAGCAGCUGCAGAGUGUGCACGAGGUGUUCUCGGCGCCCGCUGUGCCCAGCGGCACGGGCCAGACCUCCGCGGAGCUUGAGGUCCACGCCAGGCACUCGCUCGUGUCCUUUGUGGUCCGCAUCGUCCCCAGCCCCGACUGGUUUGUGGGCGUUGACAGUCUGGAUCUGUGUGACGGGGACCAAUGGAGGGAGCAGGUCACCGUGGACCUUUACCCACAUGACGCCGGGACAGACAGUGGCUUCACCUUCUCUUCCCCCAACUUUGCGACCAUCCCGCAGGACACGGUGACAGAGAUAACGUCCUCCUCUCCCAGCCACCCGGCCAACUCCUUCUACUACCCGCGGCUGAAGGCCCUGCCCCCCAUCGCCAGGGUGACCCUGGUGCGGCUCCGGCAGAGCCCCCGGGCCUUCGUUCCACCCUCCCUGGACCUGGCAAGCAGGGGCAAUGAGAUCAUGGACAGCCUCUCAGUUCCAGAAACGCCGCUGGACUGCGAGGUCUCCCUGUGGUCCUCCUGGGGGCUGUGCACAGGUCCCUGCGGGAAGCUGGGAGCCAAGAGCAGGACCCGCUAUGUCCGUGUGCAGCCUGCCAACCACGGGGCGCCCUGCCCUGAGCUGGAAGAGGAGGCAGAGUGCGUCCCUGACAACUGUGUGUGAGCCCCUCAGCUCCAUGGCAGCUGGGUCGGGGCCACACAGAAAGUGGGCCAAGCCGGCAGUGUCUGAGCUCCCCUGCUGACUGGUCCCUUCACACAGACUGCCUGGGCCGGAGGGGACGCGGUGAACAGGCACCUCCUUUCUGCAAGUGCUGCCGGGGGCCCCACGUCAGAGGUAGGCUCCCUCUGGUGGAGGCUCACGAGUCUGCAUUGAGUCACAUCCGGGAUGUCUACCGCGUGCAGCCGCUGUCUUCCAUGGGAACGGUGUGUACUCAAUGCCCAGGCAGGUGCACUGCAGGAGAGCAGGGUGCCCCAGGCCAGGAGCCCGAACCCCACAUGCUGUGAAACAGCUCGGACCUGGUGCCCAGGCAGCCGCUGGCACAGGAGCCUGGCAGCCAUACUUGCUCCUUGGGGCAAGACUGCCACCAGUGUUUGCUGCUCUAGGCAUCCAAGCAGGUGACGUGCAAGAGAUAAGUAAAGGGGGGCAGGCUGGGACACCUCACCUAGCAUUGUUACCUUACUGAUCUAUGCACUUGAAUAAAGACUAUUU